CGCGCUUCGUGCGGGUGUCGCGCGCGCCGCUGACGAAGCUGACGGUGGCCGAGGGCCCGUUUGCGGAGAUGCUCGGCGCGUUCCACAUGCUGCCGGGGCUGCGGGUGCUCGAGAUGACGCGCGCGCGGCUGGACGAGAGCACGAAGACGGACGAUCUGAUCGUGCUGAACAACCUCGCGGCCAAUCCGCGGCUGCUUCCCGGACUGCGCGUCGUGCUGCUGAAGAUCUACCGCUGGAGGAAGCGGCAGCCGGUCCUCAGCCCGCUUGCGGUGUCGCAGAUGUAUGCCUUGCUCAAGCAGCGCAGGACGCUGUGCAUCAAAGUCACGCUGCGAUCUUCGAAGGAGGAGCAGUGUCUGAGCGCAUACGAGUUGGCGCGCAAGUCCGGCGACAGGCUGAAGAUUGUCCAUGAGUAUUACGACCCGCGGUAUGACUCUG